UUGUGUGCACAGCUUCAUCCAAUCACAGAACAUUUCGUAGUUUGCUAUUUGUCGUGUUGGCCACGAAUAAACUAGUUGAUUCCUUUGAAGAGAAUCAGCUGAAACCACUGCGAUAGUACAGCUUGAGAUCGUGUCGAGUUCCAGAAUAAAGAGCAUCAGGAAUUCUAGGGAGAUCAGUACAUUAUUAAUUUUAUUAUACUACUAGCGCAUGGUAGUCUUUCUGCAGUGCUGUGGGUCUAGCUCCUGGACUGUGGCAAUUGUUUCAGUUGAAAUAUGGCGAUAUCGCAGACGCUAGUUCUUGAUAUUGUCCUGUCCAUAAGCUACGGGUGCUGCCGAUUAGUAAAGCCGCUGUGUGAAAUUCUUCCACCUCAGCAAUGUGGAUUAGAUCAGUCUUCUGGCCAGAGUGACCAAGAGGUCUAUACUGUUGUCUUGCUGGCUGCUAUGCUAAGAACACACCGGUCAGGAUCAUGGAGUAACCUCAUGCCAAAGGUCUUCUUUUUCCUCAAAUUAGCGAACAUUUUUCUUUUCUACCGCAUGGAUGUUCGCAUGUUGGUCGUAUAUAUGGUGUUCCUGCUCAUCGGUUACCUGCUGCAAGGUCCUGGCGAGGAUGGAGGUGAUGUCAAUACCAGCUCAGCGAAAGGAUGCCAAGUGCGUGUCUAUACUGGCAAGGAGCUGACGGAAUAUCUUAGCAGUGCAGCAGAUGAUGCAAUACCUCUUCUCGUUGCUUUCCACGCGUCUUGGUCUCCUCCAAGUCAAGCGCUUGUCAAGCUUUUCCAGGAGAUGGCUUCUUCAGGCUUGUAUUCGUCAUGUGUCAAAUUUGCUACCGUUGAAGUCAGCCAUGAUCUGGUGACAGCAAGAAGUAACAGCGGCACAGUGACACGCACAGACAGCAGCUGGACCAAACCACUCAAUCAAAGCCAAAAUUCUUAUGCCAAGCUAGCUCUCUCACACUCAUUUACUGCAUUAAUUUAAUCAUCAAGCAUGUAUGCAAUCCUCAGUUUCUGAUGUGUGUAAUCGCAUCGCCACAUCAUUGAAGGCCACUCUUGUUUAGUUGUUUGUUUGUAGUGCUUCUGUGCAGCAGAGUGUCAGAGCCUAAUGAUGGUGAGAUGAGUAUUUAGCACUUUCUCUUGGAAGUGGUACUCAAGUCUUCAUUGACUGGCUGUACUCAAGUCUUCAUUGACUGGCUGUACUCAAGUCUUCAUUGACUGGCUGUACUCAAGUCUUCAUUGACUGGCUGUACUCGAGUCUUUCUUCAUUGACUGGCUGCAUACAAUUCGUCCCACAAUAAUAGUACUACAUUUGUACUUCAAGUACAUGUUGUAGUGCACUUGGGGCGGUGGAGCAGUGGGACAUGGGGCAUCCUGACACUGGAUCCCGGAACGUCUUUAUCCCUGUGCUUACCGGUCACUACAAGUACUUGAGAGAAGUUAGUCGUGGCUUCAGCUAUUUUCUAACACACUGCCAACGCACUGCAAGGUGGCAUGGCAUUCCUGGUUUGGGCUGCCAGCCACACUUCACACUCAAUUUGUCAUGGUUGGUUUACAAGGUGGUGAUUGUUUGAGCAUUGCCCUGCCCAUCCCAUAGCCUGCAUAGGUUGGCGGUUGGUUGGUGUUGCAGCUACUUUUUGCCAGAUUGGCGUGGAUGUGGAUGUGGUAUGGCGCUAGUGUUCCGUCAUUGCUGCUUGUCCUCACCAAGAUGAUACAACUACUGUAUACUGAUUAGUGGCCGGGAACGGCAUGUAUUAAUAUGUAUUAAUGGAAUCAGUGAUAGGCUGUCUUGUGGCGGCGGCCACUGCUGCUACUCCAGCACACCAAUGGCUAGUUUGCACACGUAUGCACAAGAGCUCUAGAGCGUAGAGGCAGCUGGCUUCCGUACAUGUACGCGUAUCGUAUGUACUUCACAACAAGAAGUAGAUUCCUUUGAUAUGUUGUGUCAGUAGAAGCAUUAUAACAGUCCAGUAGAUAGUGUUGGUAUAAGUAGUUAGAGCAGCACCAUGAUGAUUUAGUCUGCCAGCAGAACAAGUAGUUGCUGACCAUUAAUUAUAGUGGCAUUACUAUGGCAUACUAGUUCUGUAGUAAGUGAGCUAAUGAUCUAGGCUCACGUGUUGACUCAAAGAACGUUAUCGUGUUGGGUGAGUGCCGGGUCCGCCGAGUCCUGUGAUCGGAAAUCACCCAUCAUCCAUUGGCAUUUGGUCCCUGACUCCCUGAGCGUUUGGUGUUGGUUUGAGUAGCACCGUGGUCAGGGCCAGGAGUCAUGUACAUGUACAUGCAUUGUUACACGUGUAGUUCUGAUCAGGAGACAGACAGUGCAUCCCUUUCCCAUCAGCUCUGCAUGAGUCCUUGUUGUUUCGAGGGGGUCACUGUCAGUCAGAAGGCACUUCAAGGCUUUCACUUCAAGUUUCAGUAGACCGGUACGUUGACUCAUUUCAAGGCUUGAGUCCUGAUGAGCUGAGGAUGAUGUGGAAUGCAACAAUCCAACCAUUACAUAAACCAUGUGCAAGCGCUGGUACAACUGCCACAUAUACAUGUGCGCAGAUUGAGUACAUGUACAUGACACGUGUAUCUGUAAUAGCAACACUACCUUGGAGGUGCCCCUUGGCCUUGUGGGCCUUGACAAAUGACAGAUCUAAUCAUUCUCUUUAUAAAACUGUCUUGCAUUUGAAGCUUUCAUGUCAUAGCGACCAAUCAUGCUAGUUUUACUUGUGGUUGAGUGGCAGUGUUUAAGUAGAUGUGCUUGUUGCCUGUCCAAAGCACACAGUACAGUACUACUAGUACUCUACUAGUACUAGUCACUACGUUGUAGGCGUGACCCUAUGUUUCUCACACAGGUCUCUGCGGCUGAGAAUGGCUUGGUGUCUAGUCACUUAUUUUGCCGGUCGAUUUGCCGAGUGUACAUGUACAUGACUUUCAGUUUGUAAUGUGUGAGCUGUUGA